AUGACUGUUGCGGAGGAGGCCCUUUGCGUGGCGCGUCGGACGCCCCCGCGGUGUGGCUCGGCGGAGGCCGUCCUCGCGGGGAAGGCGCUCUCGCCGCACGACAAGGUUCGGCAGUUCGUGGAGGAGCAGGACUCGCUGCACUUGCCUCCCAGCGACGCGGCGGCGGGGGCCGUUCUGCCGGGCCCCCACGAGGAUGUCGACGGCGACGACGUCGACGCGAGUAACGUCCUCCCCCUCAUGGAAGGACCGACGGCGGUCGCCAGAGAGACGGUCUCCGGCCGGCGGCGGGGGAAGAAGCAGCCGGCAGCGUCCCGCAAGCGAAGGCGCCAAGGUGAAGACGCGGAUGACCCCCUGCUGCUUUUCCGCCGCUCACAGAAGGCGCUACGGAAGGAGGCACGCCACGUGAGCAUGAAGGAGGUUCUUUCGCGCUCCCUCUCGGGCGUGCUGGACGCGUCGAGCGAGGCGAGCAACCCCUUUUCGCCGACGGCCGGCUCACAGUUGUCUUCUGCAUGGUCCCCCUUAGUCGCGAGCAACAUCACCAGUCGAUUCCUCUCAAAUGUGAAGCAGCAGAAAAAACAGAACUUUGAGCGCCUGAUGCAGAAGGAGAUUGCCAACUCCCAGCUCUCAAUCUCCCGGCUGACCACCGACGACGGGGAGUCCGAGGAGGGCCUGCCAGAGCUUGUUAUCGGGGACGAGACAGCCGUGAUGGAGCCGCCGUUGAUGGAGAAAGAGGCUCUCCUCGUAGACUCCGGCGCAACUUUGUCGCAGACGGAUACGCUUCUGAUGAGCAGCACAACAUCCCGAGGAUUUGUGGAACUAGACGAGGAGGCGGAGCAGGCGCAGUCGGAGGCGCUACUGCGCAAGCACGAGCUGUGGCGCCUGCGACAGAAGCAGUUGCGGGAGCAGCUUCGUGAAGAGGAAACUGUCCAACAACUGAAGCGAGGAGAACGUCAGGCAACAGUGCGUGGACAAACUUCGUCCACGCAGUCGGCGAUGACCGUCACCACCAACUCAAGCUACUCGCUCUCUGCCACGCAGGUUGCCGCGGCAGAUGUGGAUGGAUGCAGUGAAUCUAUCAUGCUGACGCAGUGCAGCAUUAUACAACGCUCACAGAGCCUUACGCCCGGGCUCUCCGCUGACCAUAUAGAAAUGAUCCGCCGCGCAAACAACUUCGACAAUACUUCAAGUCAGCGGGUGGUCGUUUUCAAAACGCAGAAAAGCAAAAAGGAGGGAGACUUGCCCACUUCCAAGGCGAAACAUUCCAUGUAA